CUGUGUGUGUGUUGUUGUUGUGUGGAGUGGACACGUGGGUGUGGACGUGUGUGGACCUGCCUGCGUGCCAUUCCAGAUGGCCCUGCCAAGCCUCUCCUCCCCCUGUUCCUGCGACUGCUUCGUCUCCCUGCCCCCGGCCUCCGCCUGGCCGGCCGUCAUCUUUGCCAAGAACUCGGACCGGCCCCGGGACGAGGUGCAGGAGGUCGUGUACCAAGCGGCAGCCUGCCAUCACCCCGGGACCCCACUGCAGUGUACCUACAUCCAGAUAGAGCAGGUGGAGAGAACCCACGCUGUGAUCCUGAGCCGCCCGGCCUGGCUGUGGGGGGCUGAAAUGGGCGCCAAUGAGCACGGCGUCUGCAUUGGCAAUGAGGCCGUGUGGACCCGGGAACCCGUCGGGCAGGAGGAGGCCCUGCUGGGAAUGGACCUGGUCAGGCUGGGCCUGGAGCGGGGCACAACAGCGCAGGAGGCCCUGAGGGUGAUCACUGCCCUGCUGGAGCGCCACGGGCAGGGGGGCAGCUGCCGGGAAGACCCCACGCCCUUCUGCUACCACAACACCUUCCUGCUGGCUGACCGCCGGGAGGCCUGGGUGCUGGAGACGGCCGGGCCCUUCUGGGCCGCUCAGAGGAUCCAGAGAGGCACCCGUAACAUCUCCAACCAGCUGAGCAUCGGGACGGAGAUCACGGCCGAGCACCCGGGGCUGCGGACCCACGCCCGGGCCCAGGACCGGUGGAACGGGCAGGCUGCCUUUGAUUUCGCCCAGGCCUUCUCGCUGUCGCAGCAGCCGGUGCGCAUGGAAGCCGCCAAGGCCCGCUUCCGUUGCGGCCGGGAACUGCUGCAGGGCCUGGAGGGCACCCUCACGGCCGAGAGCUUGAUGGGAAUCCUGCGGGACAAGGUCAGCGGUAUCUGUAUGGAUUCGGGCGGCUUCCGCACCACAGCCAGCAUGGUUUCCGUCCUGCCCCGGGACCCCACCCGGCCUUGCGUCCACUUCCUCACCGCCACGCCGGACCCCUCCAGGUCAGUGUUCAAGCCCUUCGUGUUCGGGGCAGGGGUGUCCCAGGUGCCCCAGGUCCUGUCCCCCAGCUUCGGGGAGGGGGACCCCGCCCGGACCCUCCCUCGCUUCCAGCACCAGGUGGAUCGCAGACACCAGCUGUACCGAGACCACCAGGCUGCCCUGGAGCAGGCGGAGAACGACCAGGCGUGGGCACGGCGGCUCCAGCAGGCGCAGCGGGACCUGGAGAAACGGGGCCUGGAGGCCGUGCGGGGGCUUCUGGCCGGGGAGGUGACGCCAGCCCCGCGGGAGUUGGCCACUCUCUUUGGGAGAUGUGUGGAGCAGGAGAGCCAAGCCUACGGCCAAGGUCCGGGGCAGAACCGCUGACCUGCUGUCGGAGAGGUUGGAGCCUCUGGGAAGAGGCUGACCCCUUCCCCCAUCCCGGACGGCGGCCCGCACCGUGGACUCUGGUCUUUCUCACAAUAAACCUUUUUUUCCUG